AUGGAGCGUCUCCAAGCCAAAAUCGAGGGCAAGGGCAACGGUAUCAAAACUGUUGUUGUCAAUCUGAACAGCGUUGCCCAAUCACUCAGCCGCCCGCCAUCCUAUUUGAUCAAGUACUUCGGCUUCGAACUUGGAGCCCAGGCAAACUCUAAACCUACUGAUGAUCGUUGGAUCAUCAACGGUGCCCACGAUGCCCCGAAGCUUCAGGACUACCUUGACGGUUUCAUCACCAAGUUUGUUCUAUGCAAGAAAUGCAAGAACCCUGAAACAGAUGUCGUCAUCAAGGAUCAGUCUAUCAUUCUUGAUUGUAAGGCCUGUGGCGAACGCUCAGACGUUGAUCCGCGUCUCAAGCUUAGCUCCUUCAUCUUGAAGAAUCAACCGAAGAAGGGAAAGAAGGAUAAGUCAACCAAGAAGUCCCGCCGAGAGAGGAACAAGGAGAAAGGAGAAAAGGCCGAUAAGGCUGAAAAUGGAGAGAACGGAGAAGCAAACGGUAGCCCAGGAGACAGCAAUGGCUCUGAUAUGGGAGAUGAGAAUGGUGACGUGGGUAUUGACGCUCACAGUGAUGACGAGCUAACUCGUCGAAUUAAGGCGGAAGCCGAGCAAAUUGAACAUAACGAUGACAUCGAUGAUGAGGAGUGGGCCGUUGAUGUUUCUGAAGCCGCCGUUCGAGCUCGUGCCCAGGAACUUCCCGAUGAUCUAAAGCGUACCCUGGUUUUUAACGAUGCUGACGGUGACGAUGAUGGUGAAAAUGCAGUGGCUAGCUCCUAUGAUCAGUUUGGAAGCUGGAUCAUUGAAGAGGCCAAGAAGUCCGACAAGGGCGCCUCUGGUGUCAGUGAUGUUGACAUCUAUAUGAAGGCCAAGGAAUUUGGAAUUGAGUCCAAGCACAAGACUCUCUCCGUCCUUGCUCAAACCAUUUUUGACGACAAUAUUGUCAAGCAGAUCCCUGCUCGUGCUGGCCUCUUGAAGAAGAUGAUUACUUCUGAGCGCCAUGAAAAGGCCCUCCUUGGAGGUACCGAACGCUUCGUCGGCAAGGACCGCCCAAAUCUUCUUCCAAUGGUGUCUUCCAUUCUUCUUACCUACUACCAACACGAUUUGGUUUCUGAGGAGCUCCUCAAGAGCUGGGGAACCAAGGCCAGCAAGAAGUACGUUGACAUUGCUACCAGCAAGAAGGUCCGCAAGUCUGCCGAGAAGUUCCUUGAGUGGCUUGAGACUGCCGAAAGUGAGGAUGAAAGCGAGGAGGAUGAUGAGUAA